GCGGAGGCGGACGCGGAGCUGAUUUAAAGCGCGGCGCCCAGCGGUUUGGCGUCUCGGUCCCUGAGCCCGGGAGCCCCCGCAGCUUCUGGUAUCCAGACCGCAGCGCCGCCCCGGGCCCGGACCCCGACCCGCACCCGGAGCUUCUCCAGCGGCGGCGCAGCGAGCAGGGCUCCCCGCCUUCAGCUCCUCCGCGAGGGCCGGGUCCGCUUCGGGAGUUCGCGUUGCGCACCUGCCACCUCUCCGCCUUCUGCACCUGCCACCCCCGAGCCGGCGCGGGCGCCCGAGCGAGAGCCAUGGCCAACGCGGGGCUGCAGCUGCUGGGCUUCAUCCUCGCCUUCCUGGGAUGGGUCGGCGCCAUCGUCAGCACUGCCCUGCCCCAGUGGAGGAUUUACUCCUAUGCCGGAGACAACAUCGUGACCGCCCAGGCCAUGUACGAGGGGCUGUGGAUGUCCUGCGUGUCGCAGAGCACCGGGCAGAUCCAGUGCAAAGUCUUUGACUCCUUGCUGAAUCUGAGCAGCACAUUGCAAGCAACCCGUGCCUUGAUGGUGGUUGGCAUCCUGCUGGGAGUGAUAGCAAUCUUUGUGGCAACCGUUGGCAUGAAGUGUAUGAAGUGCUUGGAAGAUGAUGAGGUACAGAAGAUGCGGAUGGCUGUCAUUGGGGGCGUGAUAUUUCUUCUUGCAGGUCUGGCUAUUUUAGUCGCCACAGCAUGGUAUGGCAAUAGAAUUGUUCAAGAAUUCUAUGACCCCAUGACCCCAGUCAAUGCCAGGUAUGAAUUUGGUCAGGCUCUCUUCACUGGCUGGGCUGCUGCUUCUCUCUGCCUUCUGGGAGGUGCCCUACUUUGCUGUUCCUGUCCCCGAAAAACAACCUCUUACCCAACACCACGGCCCUAUCCAAAACCUGUGCCUUCAAGUGGGAAAGACUACGUGUGACACAGUGGCAAAAGGAGACAAGCAUGUUGGAACAAACCAAAAAUGGACAUUGAGAUACUAUCAUUAACAUUAGGAUCUUAGACUUUUGAGUAUUGUAAUCUGAAGUAUGGCAUUACAAAACAAAUGCAAAAACUCAUGUGUUAAAAAUGUUCACUGCUAAACAUGGCUUAGUCUUAUUUUAUCUUCUUUCCUCAAUAUAGGAGGGAAGAUUUUUCCAUUUGUAUUACUGCUUCCCACUGAGUAACUAAACUCAAAUUGGGGAAGGGGGUGCUCCUUAAACAUAUAUAUAGAUAUGUAUAUAUACAUGUUUUUCUAUUAAACAUAGUAAAAUAUUCUUCUCAUUAUGUUGAUACUAGCAUACUUAAAAUAUCUCUAAAAAUAGGUAAAUGUAUUUAAUUCCAUAUUAAUGAAAAAGUUUAUUGGUAUGUUUUUCUUGUCUAUAUAUACAGAUAUCAUAGUCAAAUAUCAUUUACUCUUCUUCAUCAGCUUUCAGUGUCUUUGCCAUAAGACCUAGCCUGCCUUGCCUAGUAUGAUUCUCUCAAUUCAUGUGUGCCCUUCGCAUAGACCUAUUGUAUUUUUUACCAUAAUCUAAUACCACUUUCAUUUUCAUUAAGCCCUAUUUGUUUUGUAUUUCACUGGUCUCUAACUCCUGAAUCUAACACAUUUCAUAGCCUACCUUUUAAUUUCUCACGGAAGAAUUUCUCACCAGUCAGAACUUUGGAGGCAAAUAUUUCUGCAUGACCAAAAUGAUGGAUUCCUGUCGACCUUCCCACACAAUCCCUGUACUCUGACCCACAGCACUCUUGUUUGCUUUGAAAAUAUUUGUCCAAUUGAGUAGCUGCAUGCUGUUCACCCAGGUGUCGUAACACAAUUUUAUUGAUUGAAUUUUUAAACUACUUAUUCACAGUUGUAUAUCCCCCCCAACCACCUUUUGUUCCCCCUUCCUUAAUUGUAUUGUUUUCCGACAUGUAAUUAUCAUGUAUUUUACAUCUUCCUGAUAAGGUAUGGUCUAUUUGUCUGAACAAAGUGCUAGACUUUCUGGAGUGAUAAUCUGGUGACAAAUAUUCUCUCUGUAGCUGUUAGCAAGUCACUUAAUCUUUCUACCUCUUUUUUCUAUCUGCCAAAUUGAGAUAAUGAUACUUAACCGGUUAGUAGAGGCAGUGUAAGUAUUAAUUAGUUUAUAUUAAUCGUAUUCUUUGAACAUGAAAUAUGCCCAUGUAGUGUUUUCGUUUGCUCAAUUGGCUGUUUAGAAGUCACUGAAAAAAACCUACACACAUACCUUCAUGUGGUUCAGUACCUUCCUCUCUCUACCAGACUAUUUCCAUUCUUUCAGCUGUGCCUGACAUGUUGUUUGUGCUCUGUUCCAUUUUAACAACUGCUCUUACUAUUCCAGUCUGUACAGAAUGCUAUUUCACUUAAGCAAGAUGAUGUAAUGGAAAGGGUGUUGGCACUGGUGUCUGAAGACCUGGAUUUGAGUCUUGGUGCUAUCAAUCACCAUCUAUGUUUGAGCAAGGCACUUGGCUGCCCUCAGUUUAUUGCUUCAUCUGCAAGAGGUGGUUUGUAAUUCCUGAUCUGCCCACCUCACAGUGAUGUUGUGGGGAUCCAGUGAGGUAGAAUACAUGUAAAUGUGGUUUUGUAAUUUAAAAAGUGCUCUACUAAGGGAAAGAAUUAAGGAAUUAACGGCAUAGGUUUUGGUGUUGCUUUACAAAUAUUUGAAUAGAGAAAAAUAUUAAGAAAUGGGUUUCUUGCUUUAACCAGUCUCUCAAGUGAUGAGACAGUGAAGCAAAAUUCAGCUCAUAAAUGAGUAAGAUUCUACGAAGUCUUAUCUUCUGUACUGAGUGUGGCCUGAGGCUUUUUGUGGCUAAGCAGAUGUAAUGGGAAGAAAUAAAAACUUAAGUAUUGGUAAAUCCAACAGCAUGGGAGAUUUUGGAAUCAUAGUAACUGGUAAGGUGCUAUCUGUUAAGUGAUGCUCUCUGAGCUCUCGUCAUUGCUGGCAGCGGACGCUGCGAGGAUAGUUAGUUUGGAAAUGAUACUUCACAAUAAACCAUAUAAGGAAAGUCAGCUGCUGUGUCUUAUGAGGAUUGGAACCCAAUAAAUAUUAGUGUGCCUUCCAAACCCAAGAAUAUAUGCUUUUGGAAAUUAACAUUUAAAUGGCUUCUGCUACAUACAUAGAUCUUCAUGAUGUGUGAAUGUAAUUCCAUGUGGAUAUCAGUUACUAAAUGUCACAAAAAAUGUUAUGGUCCAAAAUGACCAACAGAAUUGUUACAAUAGAAUCUAUCAAAUUUCAAUAUUUUUAUACUCUUCUACCACACCUGGAAACAGACCAGUAGAUAUUUUGGAGUUUUAUAAUGGAAAUUUCCUAUAAAGCAUUACUGUUUUUCAAUAAACUGUUUUUUAAUUUUAAAAAAGGA